CUCGCAGCCUUUCUUCCCUCCGCCAGUGAGCCAUUGUUGCACACGUGCGUGGCCGCCAUCCAACCAUGAACCAAAUACGGGCUAUACAGGCGCUCAACAAGCGCGAGAUUGAGAAUGGCGUGUCGCCAGAAGCAUCCUGGCACGCAGAUUACCGCGAUACGGCCUUCAUCUACUUUGGCGGCCUGCCGUACGAGCUCACCGAAGGCGACGUCAUCACCAUUUUCAGCCAGUUCGGCGAGCCCGUGUUCCUCAAGCUGGUGCGCGACAAGGAGACGGGAAAGUCCAAGGGCUUUGGAUGGCUCAAAUACGAGGACCAGCGCAGUACCGACCUGGCCGUCGACAACCUUGGCGGCGCCGAGAUUGGAGGGCGCCUAAUCCGCGUCGACCAUGCCCGGUACAAGGCGCGAGAUGAUGAGGAUCUGGAACAGUACAAGGUCGGCUGGGAGGAUAUGUUGCGGCGAGAGCGGGCCGAGAAGGGGUUGCCGAGCGAGGAGGAAGAUGAGACGGACGAGGAGGACGAGCGGCGAGCGAGGCCCAUGAUCAAGGAGGAGCGGGAACUGCAACUGUUGAUACAGAACCACGACGACGACGAUCCGAUGAAGGAAUUUCUGAUUGAAGAGAAGAAGAAAGAAGUGGAAGAAGCACUACGGAGGGAGAAGAGGCGACUGGAGAAGGAAGACAGAAAACAUCGUGACAAGGAGAGGCAUCGGCACCGCGCGCACCACUCGCGGAGGCACGACAGCGACGAGGAGGGAAGAGUGCGGGACCGAUACAGAGACAGAGACGACCUCGACGCCGAUCGGAAAUCCCGGUCUCGGAGGGAUGACACUCCGGUCGACGACGAGCGGAGGAAGCGGCGCCGUGAUACACCCGACCCUGACGAGGGUGAAGGCCGCCGGGGAGAAAGAGACCGGGAAAGGAGGGAUGACCGUCGCCGCCGAGAAGACCGUGGCGAUGACAAUCAUCGUAAACACAGGGAUGACCAUCGACGGCGGCAUCGGGACGAGUCGCGCGACCCUGGUGAGCGUCGACAUCGCGAUCUGGAGGACAGGAGGCGACGGGAUAGGGAGAGGAGUCGAAGCCGUUCCCCGCGUUCACGUAGAGACUGAAUAUGACCCUAC